CACGCUAUCAAAUUAAUUAGACCAUCAUCAUCAACAUUGCAGAGGUUGAUAAGAUCUCUCGGGUGGUCAGACAAAUAGGGCAUGUCAAAGAUGUUCUCAGCAUCAGCAGCAGGCAAAAAUCCCAAGGGCACCUGUGAGGCGGCGCUACUUCCAAGCCGGGAAAGAAGUGAAGGAUAACCUAGAUCGUCAACAGCAGGUCGGUUGAUAGUCAGCCAAAUAGGCUACCCUAGGCAUUUUUCUUCAGUUGUUUGUUUGGUUGUUUCCACAUAAAAUCGUCGAAGUGCCUGCUUUUGGAAAGUGAUGAAAAAAGUAUUUAACACGUCACGUCGCAGGACUUGGUUGUGGCUGUGACAUAUUUCAAUCAGCUUAUUUUUUUACCGGACCAGUGUAGACAUCCGAAGCGAACAGCGAGAGACCUCAGCAGUGACACUGCGGUCCAACUUUCCAAACCGCGGGAAAUAGGCUACCGCCCAAAACAUGCCUGUUCGGCGGGGACACGUGGCUCCUCAGAACACUUUUCUGGAUACUAUCAUCAGAAAAUUCGAAGGACAGAAUCGCAAGUUCAUCAUUGCCAAUGCGCGUGUGGAGAACUGUGCCAUCAUCUUCUGCAAUGAUGCCUUCUGUGGCAUGUGCGGUUACACGCGCUCUGAGGUCAUGCAGAAGCCUUGCACCUGCAGUUUCCUGUACGGGCCGCACACCAAGAGGCCUGCGGUGGCCCAGAUGGCCAAGGCUCUGCUGGGCUCAGAGGAGAGGAAGGUGGAGAUCUCUCUGUACACCAAAGAUGGUGUCUGUUUUUCCUGUAAAAUCGACGUGGUGCCGGUGAAGAAUGAAGAUGGCUUGGUAAUCAUGUUUAUCCUCAACUUUGAGCUUCCCUCUGAUCCAGCUAUUCCCAGCUCUCCUAACAGAGAUCUCAACAUCAAGCUGCCUAUUCCCUGGUUGACCCUGGCACGUCGGCAUAGAUUCCACCUGCCCACCAACCUGCUCCGCUCCCUCAGCAGCAGUAAACAGUCCGUGGAGGAGGACACAGAGCUGGGCCAUCAGAGGAACUUGCCUGCCCUUGGUCAUGAGUCUGUGGCCCUGGACAAGCUGCUGUCCCUGUCAGAGCGCCGGCGACUGGGGGCCACUGGGGUACUACUCUGGAAUGAGGACCAGAGAACUCUGUUGGGAGGUGACACCGCGUUGCCCUCCGGAGACCCACUGGAUGUCUCCACAGCCCUGGGCUUCUCCCAGUCCUCCCCCAGGCUGCACUACCUGAGGGUGGAUGAUGAGUGUGACUCCAACUGCAGCGUGACGCCCAGCCGCUCUUGUGAGAGCCUCUGUAGCCUGCGGCGGACCGUGGACGGCAUCAAGACCCGCAGGGAGAGGGCCAGCUGGCACGGGAAGCUCCAGACCCGGCCCAGCAGCACAGGAGCAAUGAACUAUAUGAAGUCCAGCCUGCCAAAUGUAAUAUCCGACUCCACGUCUGACCCCAACCUCAUUCGCUUUCGGACCUUCAGUCAGGUGACACAGCACACGCUGCUAGACUACAGAACGGACCAACUGGUGGCCCUCUCGUCCGGGGAGAUCGACAUCAUCACCCCCUGUAAGCUGAUAGACCGCACCCACAACGUCACAGAGAAAGUUACCCAGGUUCUCUCGCUAGGUGCAGAUGUUCUCCCAGAGUACAAACUCCAGACCCCCCGCAUCCAGAAAUGGACAAUUCUGCACUACAGCCCCUUCAAAGCCGUGUGGGACUGGGUCAUCCUGCUUCUAGUCAUCUACACGGCCAUUUUCACGCCCUACUCCGCAGCCUUCCUCCUCAGUGCCCAGGAGGAGGAGAUGAUGCAGACCUGUGGCUACUCCUGCUCUCCCCUGAACGUGGUGGACCUCAUCGUGGACAUCAUGUUCAUCAUUGAUAUAGUCAUCAACUUCAGGACCACGUAUGUUAACACCAAUGACGAGGUGGUCAGCCAGUCGCAGAGGAUCGCCGUUCACUACUUCAAAGGGUGGUUUCUCAUAGACAUGGUGGCUGCUAUUCCCUUUGACCUGCUGAUUUACCGCUCAGGAGAAGAGACAACAACUCUGAUUGGCCUGUUGAAGACCGCUCGGCUGCUGCGAUUGGUGCGCGUUGCUCGGAAGCUGGACCGAUACUCUGAGUACGGAGCGGCCGUCCUCUUCCUUCUCAUGUGUACCUUCGCCCUCAUCGCCCAUUGGUUGGCCUGUAUCUGGUACGCCAUCGGUAACAUGGAGCGUACUGAAAUACCCCGGAUUGGCUGGCUGAAUUCUCUGGGGGACCAGGUGGGGAAGCCAUACAAUGACACUGUGCCAGGGUCAGGUCCCUCUAUAAGGGACAAGUAUGUGACAGCCCUCUACUUCACCUUCAGUAGCCUGACCAGCGUGGGCUUCGGUAAUGUCUCCCCCAACACCAACUCGGAGAAGAUCUUCUCCAUCUGCGUCAUGCUCAUAGGCUCUCUGAUGUACGCCAGCAUCUUUGGUAACGUGUCGGCCAUCAUCCAGCGUCUGUAUUCUGGCACGGCUCGCUACCACACCCAGAUGCUCCGGGUCAGAGAGUUCAUCCGCUUCCACCAGAUCCCCAACCCACUGAGGCAGAGGCUGGAGGAGUACUUCCAACACGCCUGGUCCUACACCAAUGGCAUUGACAUGAACGCUGUGCUGAAGGGCUUCCCGGAGUGUUUGCAGGCCGAUAUUUGUCUUCACCUGAACCGCACGCUGCUGCAGAACUGCAAGGCCUUCAAAGGAUCCACUAAGGGCUGCCUGAGGGCACUGGCCAUGAGGUUUAAGACCACUCACGCCCCGCCUGGAGACACCCUGGUCCAUGCCGGAGACGUCAUCUCUGCCCUUUACUUCAUCUCCCGGGGAUCCAUCGAGAUUCUGAGAGGGGAUGUGGUGGUUGCCAUCUUGGGUAAGAACGACAUCUUUGGAGAGCCCAUCAACCUCUAUGCUCGUCCAGGGAAGUCCAAUGCCGAUGUUCGGGCUCUGACCUACUGUGACCUCCAUAAGAUCCACAGAGAAGACAUGCUAGAGGUGUUGGAUAUGUACCCAGAGUUCUCCGACUACUUCUGGGGUAACUUGGAAAUCACCUUUAACCUCCGGGAUUCUGCCACGGUAGCUGGGUCCACGAGCAGUGAGGACUCUGAGCAUGGUGGCAUGGGACGUCAUUUGCACAAACAAAAGAUGUCCCUCAGCCACAGCUUUGAGAGAGGUGAGCCAGAAGUAGGGGACACCAAUCCACCUCAGAGACCAGUCUACAGGGCCAGGGGCCAGAGCUCGAGAGACCAGGGAGAGGACCAGAAAACAGAUCCUGAGGCCCUGAGGAGCUCAGCACAUAUUACAUGCCUGUCCAGUGCUCAUGAUGAGCCAGGCCAGGACGGCAUCCUCAACAUCAGCAGUGCUGUAGAGGAGAGGAAUCAAAAGACCUGCCAUUCUCUCUCAGGGACUUUCUCAGGUGUCUCUGACAUAUUCCAUUUCUGGGGGGACAGCUGUGAGCAGCAGCCGUAUCAGCAGGCCCCCUGUCACAUCCUGCCCUCCCCAUGCCCAGCCCCCACCCCUGAUCCUCUCAACGCUUCCUUACUGAGCAACAUCAGCCGACGGAAACGCGGCGAGUUGGAGAACAGGCUCGACCUGCUGCAGAGACAGCUCAACAGUUUGGAGUCCCGGAUGUCCACAGACUUGGGGGCCAUCAUGCAGCUGCUCCAGAGACAGAUGGUGCUGGUGCCCCCAGCCUACAGCACAGUGUCCUCCCCCCCUGGUCCAUCCCUCACACCCACCCCCACCCUCACCCCUAGUCCCGCAGAGAGGCUGGUACCACCUGUCUCAUCACUGGACUCCCUCUCACAGUUCCUAGUCAACCCAGACUUUGAGGUCAGCCCAUCCAGGUCAUAUGAGUCUCUGCCCAGUGGGGUGGAGCUCUGUCUCCUGGAUCCCACCCCAGCGUUGGCACGUCCAGUCCAGACCCAGCCUCUUGGCAUCAGCGCCCAGCCGCAGCAUCACCCCCCGGGCUUGACCGCCCGUCCCGGCGAGCCCUUAUGCCUGGUUAACCAUGACAACUUGUCCGCGUUGGUGCAAGGGUCAGGCCCGGGGUCGGACGCAGGGCUGGCCCGGCUGGAUCCCUCGGAGGGCCGACGGAGGCUCUCCCUGCCUGAGAAACACACAGCUCUGGACCUGGAGAGCCCCUGGACUACCGCGCACAGAUACAGCUCCAUCCCCGGGACUUAGGAUGGGUCUUAUAGGACACCGCAUGAUGAACACUGCUUAUGGAAAUUGAUUUAAAAGAGGAAACACGUCCUAAGUGCGUCCCUUUAUACCCUCUGAAAUGCAAUAUUCUGAGCAUGAUCAGAUAAGAGGAUUCCAUGGUUUAAGGGCCAUCAGAGCGUGACUUUUCACAGGUUUCUAGCACCUUUGGCAGUAUUCUUAUGGAAACACGUUUGUCCUUGUUAGUCGGUGUGUCUGUGUGCUUGCUGUCUAUGUGUAGGGUUUAACUGGAGUGUUAGCUGGUCUAGCACCGCUUACUGUCAUUGUGUCUUGUAUGAGCUGCUGCUACGUCUCAGUGGUGUUCUGGGGUCGUUCUCCUGGCUGUCCGGCUCAGUGAUUAAAAGCCAUGAAUUCUAGGAUACCCAUCAAAUCCUUGAAUGUUCUUAAAUGACUGAUGGCAAUUUGCGAACUGUGCUUUUUUUCUGUUCAGUUAUCCUAUAAACUGCAC